AUGGACGUUUCCAACAACCGUCUCUUCCGAUGGUCCAAGCCCGAAUGGCUGAAUAACUCGACCGUCCGCAACGCGGGCGUCUACACAUCCGGAGCUCUGUUCUCCCUUGGCCUAUUCUUCCUCGUCGACGCCGCCGCGUUCUCGAAGAGCUCGCGGAACGGCUCCGAAGUCCAUGUCAAGUUCGUCGACUGGAUCCCCGGCAUCUGCUCGGCGCUCGGGAUGCUGGUCAUCAACUCAAUCGAGAAAUCGCGGCUGCAGGCCGAUAGCUUCAGUUACAGCGGGAGCGGGGUGGCCUGGAAGGCGCGGUUUGUCCUGUUCCUCGGCUUUGCGCUUUUGGCGGGCGGGUUGGCUGGGAGUGUGACGGUUUUGGUUUUGAAGUAUCUGAUCAAGCAGUAUCCGUUCCCGACGUUAUACUUUGGGAUCGCUAACGUCAUUGCCAAUUCGCUGGUCAUGUUGAGUACUAUUGUUCUCUGGGUUUCUCAGAACAUUGAGGACGAUUACACCUACAAUCUGGCGCUGUAG